AUGGCGAAGGGAUUGGCGAAAACCGCAACCCAAAAUCGAAUACUGGAGCACUCAAAAGGACGGCAGCGGGGGGAAGAAAUAGACGCUGGGCUCCACUCCCUCACACAAGGCGCCACGUCCACCAGCUCAUACACGCCGCGUAUUCCCCCCUGCCUCACCCACGGAUUCCGCAUUCCUACACAAGUCUGUGAAGCGAUGGCAAGGAUGAAUGGUGCGCUGCGCAAUGAAGUCCGAGAUAUGCCACGGACUAGCCACAUCAUUAACGCCGACCCUGUUGUGUCAAGAGGACAUAAGACCAAAAUUGCUGCGGCACUCAAGAUUCUCCUCAUCGGAGACAGUGCUGUGGGGAAGACCAGUCUUCUUUUCCGGUUUUCAGAGGACCAAUUUCAGAACGUCCUCACAGCCACAAUUGGAGUUGACUUCAAGGUCCGCAAUAUGGAAAUUGAUGGUGAAAUGGUGAAGUUGUCUAUAUGGGAUACAGCGGGGCAGGAGAAAUUUCGCACCCUUACUGAAGCCUACUACCGUGGCGCUCAUGGGAUCCUGCUUGUAUAUGACAUCACCGACAAGUCAUCUUUCGACAACGUGCGAGGGUGGAUCAACAGCAUUGAGGAGCAUUCAACUCGAGGGGUGCGUGUGGUUGUUGUCGGCAACAAGGCUGACAUGGAGAGCCGAAGGGUUAUCAGCAAGGAACAAGGGCAGCAACUGGCUCACGAGUUCAAUGUCAAUUUUUUGGAGACCUCUGCUAAAGCAGAUAUCAACGUUGAGGAGGCAUUCCAGUGCAUAGCCAAGGAGGGCAAACAACUAUACGAUAGGAUGCACUCUCAACAACGUGAGGGAUCAACGCCUAUCAAUCUCCAACAAACGUCGACACCUGACGUUGCCGUUUCAACUUGUUGUGCAUGA